GAAGGCAAGAACGAUGGAAACAAAUGCAGAAGAAACUGCUAAAGAAAAAACUGCAGUACGUCCAACUGAAAAAGAUCCUGGUACAGCUCACGAAACUGCAAAGAAAAUACAUGCGGAGGCCCCGCUUGGUGCUACAGAGGUAGACGAGAGGCCGGUCGUCAGAUCACCUCUGGCCAUUUCUCGGCCCGAGAGGGAGGACGUCGUCAGAUCACGUCCCCUGGCCAGUUCUCCGACCGAGAGGGACCUGGUCGUCAGAUCACCUCUGGCCAGUUCUACGGCCGAGAGGGAGGUCGUCAGAUUACCUCUGGCCAGUUCUCAAGAUGUCAACAGAGCUGAAGGCAGACGAGACGCCAUUGACGUCUUUAGAGCAGAUACACCCAGUACGUCUGAUGAAGAACCCAGUGACGUACAAGUCCUGCCCGAGAAACAGCUGCCACAACAAAUACAAGAAAUUUUGAAUGUCGUACUAAAACAUGUAAGCAAAAAAUUUGAGGAAGUAAGCAAAAAAUUUGAGGAAGUGAAAACUUCUGUGGAUAACCUUCAGAAACAGCUGCAACCAGUACUUCCAGGACCUUCGCAGCGGGUGACUGACGGUGAGACACCUCUCCCUACCGGAUUUGUGCCUGUCCUUCCAAAGGACCCCUAUGAAGUGCUAACAUACUUCGGUUUUCCUGCUAGCACACCCGACAGUCUCGUAUCAAAACACAGGCACUACUUUCUUGGCAAUGCAUCGACAGAGCCAAUGAGAACUCACCGGUUGGCACUGAGGAAGGCAUUAGUUCAGCUAUGCCCGUUGCCCAAGCCUCAGUCGGGAAAAGGUGGCCUGACCCCCUCCAUCCGCCAACUCCUACAUUAUUUAGCACCCAGAGAUGUCUGGGUGCACUUCUGUUUGAAGGGCUACUCCAAAUCUAAGAGAAAUAUGGAGUCUGAAAUGCCGAAAUUUGUGCGCAUGAUUCAGGCGACAAUGAGCAUAAACGCCAAGUCGACGAGUCGACGGUGAACGCUCAUUUAUCGGAGGCAUUAAGGAAAGAAAGUGACAGAUCAGGCUUCCGUAACACGGCGCGACCCAAGAAAACGACAGCACCAAACACAAGCACACCGUCCACGUCGGACGUACCAGGAACGU